UCAAAAGUCUGCAUCUUACAUGAUUAUGAUAGGAUGAAGUCCCAUCAGGAUAAGGACACUGAUCAUAAAUAUGAAAAGGCAUCUAGGAUUUCUUAAAUAAUGAAUACAUUGAAUCAAGAUGGUGUUCUUGACAGAACUGAGAGGGAACCGUUUGAUAGUGCUGAUCGUGAGAUAAUUUUGGCUGUCAAUGAUCCCGAGCAGUUGGAUUAUGUUGAUGCUCUGCCAAUGACAGAUGAGGAGCAGGACGCAAAAUUUUCUCAAGUUGCCGGAGUUAGUGUAUUCUCUUCUGAAGGAACUACCGAAGCUAUUUACAGUGCAGCUGGGGCCGUGAUAAGGGGUUCCGACCUUGUGGUUGAAGAGUAUUAUGAGACUGCUUUUGCAAUAAUCAGACCUCCAGGGCAUCAUGCUCAUAAGAUUUCUGAAGGUUUCUGCUUUUUGAACAAUGUUGCUAUAGCUACUCAACAUGUUGUUGACCACCAUCACAUCGAAAGAGCUUUGGUGGUUGAUUUCGACGUGCAUCAUGGCAAUGGCACGCAGGAACUCUUUUAUGGAAGCAAACAAGUUCUUUUCUUUUCCACACAUAGGAGAGAUCUCUCCUAUCCUGCAUCAAAAAGUAGCGUAAACGAUAUUGGUGACGGGGUGGGCUUGGGUUAUAAUAUAAAUGUUCCUCUCAAGAAAGGUUUUAAUGAUGUCGACAUGCUUUACGUAUGCGAUCAACUUCUCGGCCCUGUGGCCACUGCGUUUAAGCCAGAAGUAGUGUUCGUUUCUGCUGGUUAUGAUGCUGGGGAAGGUGAAACAAUAGGAGGUUGCAACGUUUCUGCAAAGGGUUUUGGCACGAUUGUCCGUAAGUUAUUGCCUCUCUCAGGAGGAAAAAUGGUAUUAGCUCUUGAAGGAGGGUGUAAUCUAGUUCAUCUUCCUAUAUGUGUUUCGCACACGAUUCGAGCAAUUUUGGGAGAUGAAGAUGCGUUCCUUCAGGAUUCUGAUUACAGAGAUAAACUUCCAUUCAAAAGCACCAUCCGCACAGUCAAUACCAUCAAGCAUAACUUGAGAUUAUGUUGGGAUGUUUUUAAGGAAAAACCUUCGGUUAUUCUCAAUAAUUCUGCUGUACCAAUUUUUGUUAAUGUAUUCUUUUUGGUAAAUUUAUACCUUCACUAUUUCUGUAGUUUUAUGCAGUGAAGAGAGGUCAAACUAUUCAUCUUAGUGGUGUUCCUAACAGGGGUUCACAGGGUUUAGUUAUUGCGGUGCUAAGCAUAGGUUACAACAAAAACACACCAUCGUUGUGAGAUACUAGUAUAUUCCUAGUCUUUAAAGUUUAGUUUAUCAGUGCUGUAUUUGAGGGCUGCGGUACAGAUUGUUUUCUGCCAAAGCUAGGACUGUUAACUAUUCCUUGUAUUCGAUGACCCGUUAGAUAUUAUACUACGAGUACAUGCAAUCUUUAUCACCCUAUUAAUGCCACACACUAGCUUUUUGCUUGACAUCUUAUUUGUAUGAUUUCUACCAUCUGCCGUAAUGCUGUUGUGCCAUGUGGCUUAUACUCUAGUUUCAUUUUGCAUGGCCAAGCUUUUUGCUUGACAUCUUAUUUGUGUGAUUUCUACCAUCUGAUGUAAUGCUGUUGUGCCAUGUGGCUUAUACUCUAGUUUCAUUUUGCAGGGCCAAGUCCUGAGGCCCAAGCUCCUCUUCCUCCUGGUGGUUUAGGUGGUGGUCCUGGUGGUGCUGGCAGUGGUGCUCCAGCUACGUCAUGAGCAAUUGAGAGUGAACUUCCAUGACUGUGGUUUUGGUACUCAUGUGUUUCUGUUUGUUGUUUUCUGGUAAACUCUUGUGAGAGCAUUUCUGGACGAGUUCUCUUAUUUUGCUCACUCCACUACAUAAAGAUUUCUGUCAAGUGAAUAUAUGUCGCACAACAUUUUAGUUCUUUUGUCAAUUUUCUGGUAAA